AUGUGGAGGAACUUGCUCAUACAGGCGUUACAUCAAGUUGCUGUCCUCCUCGUGCUCAACUUCUCAAGCUUGACCAUUCUUGGUUUGAAGGAUGAUGGUGACAAGGCUCAUGCUUAUAAAGUGAAGAAUUCUUUGAUAUUCAAUGCUUUUGUCAUGUGUCAAAAAUUCAACGAGUUCAAUGCUAGAAAGCCUGAAGAAAUCAAUUGCUUCAGAGGAGUGACUAAAAACUACCUAUUUAUGGGAAUCGUUGGAUUUACUCUUAUACUUCAGUACAACUCGAUUGGCAGCUGUGGCUUGUAUCCAUUGGCAUCGGCAUUAUCGGCUGGCCUCUUGCGAUCGUGGGGAAGCCGACUCCAGUUCCGAAGACUCCGGUUUCGGCAUUCUUCGUAAAGCCAUUUCGACAAUGCAGAAGGGCCAGGGAUGAUGCAUGAAUGGGGUAUUUCUGCAAUAAGUAAACUCUGCAAUCAAAUCAAAGAAUUGUUAAAGUGUGUAUAUAGAAAGAGGCGGGCGGUUGCUUAAAUCCUUUUUUACACAAAAGGCAACAAUCAUGCUUGGCUGAGUGAAACUAAAUUUAUGUAUUUUAGAAGGAAGGCUUUGGUGAAUCCGAAACCUCAAGGAUUUCCUUCGUUUUAUGGAGGCACGU